UCACUGACGCAGAAGAAAAAAACACGAUGAAGAGGGAAAAAAACAAAAGAAAUACAAAAAAGAAAAACAAAUAAGGUGAGGGCUUACCUUGAUAGAGCAGAGAGAGAGAGAGAGAGAAGGAGACGGUGAGAGAGGGAGGGAAGGAGACGUUGGGUCAGAGCAGAAGGGUAUUUUCAUAAUUCCAUCAAAGGCAAGCCUAUAAAUAGAGAGAAGGAUGGGGGAAGAAGGAGAGGAGCUGCCGCGAGACGCGAAGAUUGUGAUAUCGGUGCUGAAAUCGAUGGGGGUGCGAGAGUAUGAGCCUAGGGUAGUCCACCAGUUCCUGGAGCUGUGGCACCGCUAUGUUGUUGAUAUCCUAACUGAUGCUCAAAUCUACUCGGAACACGCUGGCAAGCCAGCCAUAGAUUGCGAUGACGUCAAGCUCGCCAUCCAGACCAAAGUCAACUCUAGCUUCACCCAGCCCCCACCCCGAGAGGUGCAACUCGAGCUGGCUAGGAACCGGAACAAAAUUCCACUGCCGAAGACCAAUGCAGGGUCUGCAAUCCCACUCCCCCCUGAACAGGACACGCUGAUCAGCCCCAACUACCAACUUGCAAUGUCAAAGAAGCAAUCCCCCCAAGCAAUUGAAGAAAUGGAGGAAGAGGAAGAGGGGGCGAAGGCCAACCCUCCACCCGAAGACCAGAAGACAGAUCCGCAGCAGCAGCAAACUCCUCAAAGGGUUUCCUUCCCCUUAAUGGCAGCCAAACGACCAAGGUGAAAACAUAACUCAACUAUAGCAACAGAAACCUCUCAGAAACACUGGAAAAACUGCAAUGGAAUGGAUGGUGGACUAGAAGGAAGCCCAUGGAAUUGGAAAUUGCAAGGAGUUUCUCAACUGGUAGUUCUGUUUGUAUAUCACAUGAAGCCUGAUUUGUAUUGCCGCCUGCCAUGGUUUAAACAUCUGUUUUGAACCAUGUGAAGGUGUUCAUGAUUUGAAUUUAGGGCUUGUUUGAUAAAACUUAUUUUCAACACUUAUCACUGAAUUUUGGUAUUUUCAAUGAUUUUAUCUUAUUUAGGAUGUUUAAUAAAUCUACAAAAUUAAGUGUUUAAUUUU